UCAGCUUGUUGCUGCGCUCUUCUGCUAUUGUCAAGGGCUCUCGUACAUCUGCAAAUUCUACUUUCAUGAAAUCUGAAAACCAGGCCAAACAGUACCCUCAUCACGUUAAAGUGGGUCCAUGUUUCACUCGUCCUGCUUAUCGAGAUAGUAGGCGCAAGAAAGCUGUCAAGGUAACUUGUAGCUCUUUAUUUCCCAGGUUUUUACCGUUGCUGAUGAAUCUUGUUAUCUCCUGAUAUUUGGAGUCCCAUCACUAGACCUGGAACACCCCCUAAAGGAUAGGUGCAGGCAGUAUGGAAAUGUCCAAAGUGUGAUGAAAAUCCCUGAUUAUCCAGACAAAGAAACAUUUACUGAUGUUUUUGUAGUAAAAUAUGAUAAUCUAAAAGCUGCAAGGUGUGAACGUAUUCCUUUUAUUUGUGGGAAUUAAACUUGAUAACUAGCUUAUUUUUCGUAGUAAAAAUUCAUAAGACUUUUCCUUAAAUGUUAUCUAGAUAUGCCAAGCGUUUAUUAGAUGAUUCUUCUUUCUACGGUGGUUCUUUACACGUUUGUUAUGCACCUGAAUAUGAAACUGUGGCCGAGUGUCGUUUAAAGCUAUACGAAUGCAGGCAUUUAAAUGCAAGAGUUUCUAGGAAAGUGGAAUAUGAAUACCUUCAGAAGUUCUCCGCUAAUUGCCAAACAUCAGAGCCAGAUUCUUCAGCUCCCUCAUCAUCAUCUGUACCAUCAACACCAGCAACAUCUGAUUUAUUGGAAUCUGUAAAAUUAGAAAUACCAACUAGUCAGAACAUAACUAUUCUGCCGGUGUCACAAGAAAACACACUGAAUUCUAAUGAGUCUCAAACCUGUCCAUCAUAUGAUGCUUUAAGUGACUCUCGUCUUUAUUGGAAGAAACUAGGAAUUACAUUCGUCGACGAACAUCAUACAGUCUGUAAUUUAAAUGCUUCUUUUCCUACUGCUGUUACUACUAAUCACCCAUCUACUUCUAAACCUCUUGAUCUAUCAGUCGUUCCUAAGCAUUCAAUACCCCUUCCUGUUCAACAGGCUUUAAGUUGUCGACCGUACCUAGAAAAUAUUUCAAAAAAUAAUACAUCGUCGUUAGUCAACAAAGUUUCUUCAGAUUCUGUCAAAACAUCGAAGCCCUACGCAUUCAAUUCCUUUAUACCACGCGUUGUAACUAGUAAAGAACAUAGAAAAAAAUCUUCAACAAACCCAGAGGCUCUUCCACAAGUAUCAAAGUCAAUGCCCUCUAUUUCUGUUGGCGAACUAAAACGAUUAGCUCAUUCACUAGGUCCCAAACAAGGACCAAGUUUACCACCAGUACAAGAUCAAAGGAGAAAUAUGGAACCAAAAAGGUUUAAACAAUGAAUAUGAUACUCAUAACCAAUUGGAUCAUCUCUCAGCAUAUUAUAUUUUCAAAGAGAAAAUAUCAAGAGAUUGGAAGAAUUGAAUGGGGGCAUUUAUUUAUCUAGUGAUUCUGUGAAUAAUUGUCUUUUUUUUAUAUUUUUUCUGA